AUGGCAGAAUACUACCGGGACAAGCUUGAAAAGCUAGCUCAAGAUGGAAUUGAUGACAGAACUAGGACGGAAUUCCUCCCGUUUUUAUAUCCAUUUUUGGGUUUACUUGGUAGUAAAAAAAGACAACAUGUUUUAACGAGAGAAGUUAAAGAAUACGUUCCUGAUGAACAAAUAACCAAGAAGCAAUCGACUCCAGUGAGUAUCGAGUCCUUUAAAGAAUUAAACUUGAUAUUUGAUGCUGUUAUUGCUGAAUUUAAAAAGGAAAAGGAAGCACUCAUUGAUAUUAACUCCAAACUUCAUACUAGGAUUGAAGAAAUUUGGGACCUAGUGACGGAAGUUAUUGAGCUAGAUAUUACCACUAGGGCUUUAGAUGAUCAAUAUGAAGAGAACAAUGCUAGAAUUGUGAAAUUAGGACAGACUCAAAAUCGUACAAUUAAUUUCUUUAACGAAAAUGCUGAGUUUACUAAGAUUAAGGACGAAAACAAUGAGCUUAAAAAAGUUAUUACUGAGCUUGAGAUUAAAAAACAAGCUAAAUGCAUUCAAAUUAGUAAGGAGCUUCUUGAUGAGGAUCCAAUAGUUGAUUAUUGUCCUUCUUUCCUGAAUGGAUUGAACCCGAAUCGGGACCCAAAGCAGGAAUCAAAGUCGACGCAGCGGUUUAAAAAUAUGGGAAAAAACAAAAAAGCUGGACAAGUGUUUAAAAUUACGAAUCAAACUCAAAUCAACCAUAACCAAAGGGGCCCGUUGAGAGGCUUAACCUACAACUUAACCCACGACUCAACCUACAAAAAGUAUGACACAAAUGCAAACUCAUCGUACUUUGAGGUAUGA